AUGAGGCGCAGCAGAACAGCGCUCUCCUUCCUGCUGAGUGAGCAUGUCCGAGAGUCUGUGGAUUCUGGCUCAGGCCCUGUGAGUCCCCUUGGCAGUGGUGUCAUCUGGAGACGCUUCUCAGGGACCCCAUUGCUGCCCCCGCUGUCGAGCCGCCUCGGGCCCCCUGGAGAAACUGAGCCCAGCGCCUCUGUGGUGUUCACCAUUGGGGCUCGAGGGACAGAGCCAAGCCAUGGUUCAGCUUCAGGCAGCUUUGACCUGGAAAAUGCUCUCUCCUGUGGGAGAAGCGCCCUGGACACCCAGGUGGGGCCUGGCCUUGGCCAGGUCGUCCAGGCCUCUGCCCAACACAGCCAGCGGCGCGAGUCCUUCCUGUACCGGUCCGACAGUGACUACGAACUCUCGCCUAAGGCCAUGUCCCGGAACUCCUCUGUGGCCAGUGACCUACAUGGAGAAGACAUGAUUGUGACGCCCUUUGCCCAGGUCCUGGCCAGCCUGCGGACAGUUCGGAGAAAUGUUGCCGCGCUGGCCCACCUGCAAGGCCUCAGAGCAGCCAAGCAGGCGUCCGUCGGAAACCCCCCACCUGGCAGUCAGCCCCCUCCACCUACAGAGGACAGUGGGCAGAAGCUGGCUUUGGAGACACUGGACGAGCUGGACUGGUGUCUGGAUCAGCUGGAGACAUUGCAGACCCGGCACUCGGUCGGGGAGAUGGCCUCCAACAAGUUCAAGCGGAUGCUGAACCGGGAGUUGACUCACUUGUCCGAAACCAGCCGCUCCGGGACCCAGGUGUCGGAGUACAUCUCCCGGACCUUCCUGGACCAGCAGACCGAGGUGGAGUUACCCAGGGGGACCCUCAUGGAGCCCCCGAGGCCAAUGUCCCAGAUCAGCGGCCUGCAUGAGCUCCCCUCCAGUGCCAACGUCUCCACAGCCACCAUCCCACGCUUGGGGGUACAGACUGACCAGGAGGGCCAACUGGCCAAGGAACUGGAAGAUACCAAUAAGUGGGGGCUUGACGUGUUCAAGGUGGCAGAGCUAAGCGGGAACCGGCCCCUCACAGCCAUCAUAUUCAACAUCUUUCAGAAACGGGACCUGCUCAAGACCUUCCAGAUCCCAGAGAACACACUUGUCACCUACCUGCUGACACUGGAGGGUCACUACCACCCUGAUGUGGCCUACCACAACAACUUGCAUGCCGCUGAUGUGGCCCAGUCGGCACAUGUGAUGCUGGCCAUGCCUGCCCUUGAGGCCGUGUUCACAGACCUGGAAGUCCUGGCUGCCAUCUUUGCAAGCGCCAUCCAUGACGUGGACCACCCUGGAGUCUCCAACCAGUUUCUCAUUAACACCAACUCGGAGCUUGCGCUUAUGUACAAUGACACCUCUGUGCUGGAGAACCACCACCUGGCUGUGGGCUUCAAACUGCUGCAGGCUGAGAACUGCAACAUCUUCCAGAACCUCAGCACCAAGCAGUGGCUGAGUCUGCGCAGGAUGGUCAUCGACAUGGUGCUGGCCACCGACAUGUCCAAACACAUGAACCUGCUGGCUGAUCUCAAAACCAUGGUGGAGACCAAGAAGGUGACGAGCCUGGGAGUCCUGCUGCUGGACAACUACUCUGACCGUAUCCAGGUCUUGCAGAACCUGGUGCACUGCGCUGACCUCAGCAACCCCACUAAGCCGCUGCCCCUGUACCGCCAGUGGACAGACCGCAUCAUGGCUGAGUUCUUCCAGCAGGGAGACCGUGAGCGAGAGGCAGGCCUGGACAUCAGCCCCAUGUGUGACAAGCACACGGCCUCGGUGGAGAAGUCCCAGGUGGGUUUCAUUGACUACAUCGCCCACCCGCUGUGGGAGACGUGGGCUGACCUGGUACAUCCAGAUGCACAGGACCUGCUGGACACGCUGGAGGACAACCGCGAGUGGUACCAGAGCAAGAUCCCCCGCAGCCCCGUGGACCCCGCCAGCCCCGGGCAGGGCGGCCAUGACAGAUUCCAGUUUGAGCUGACUCUGGAGGAGGCAGAAGAGGAGGAGGAGGAGGAAGAGGAGGGAGAGAGAAUGUUGGCUCAGGAGGCCUCGGAGUCACCUAACACUGAACUCCUGUCCUUUGAGGCCAGCCCAGACCCUGAGGCCUUAUGCCUAGACAACCAGAGGACCGUGGGCAGGCCCUGUGUGGACCAUGAGGACAACGUGACAGCUGAGUCAUUUGGCACUUAAUGGUCCCUAAUG